CUCUCUCUCUCUCUCUCUCGCGCGCGCGCUAUACACACACACACACACACACACACUGGGAGGAUGAUGCUCAGCUUGCAGCGCACAGCACCAGUCCUUUAAUAAUGGCACACCAAGAAGACGACGAGAGGACGAGAAGAAAAGCCGACGAAUUUCGAGGUUCUGGAUCAUAAAUGUUGUAACCAUCCGCAACAUGUAGGGUACUAUUUACCAGGGGAAGAAAUCGAGGAGAUGGCGGUGAGGGUGAUUUUAUCCUCCAGAAGGAUCCGGGUUUAGUCUUUGCCUCAGCGAGGAUGGGCUCCCAGGUGCUUCAAACGCUCCGCCAGGGGGUGUGGGCUUCCCUGACCGGCGGAUGGUACCACGACCCCGAGCAGAAUAAAUUCAACAACUCCUGCCACCUUUAUCUGUGGCUCUUCUUGCUCAUGUUGCCUCUGUCUCUGCAUCUGGCUCUUCCACCCACAAGUCUGGCCCUCAGUAUUUACUGCACCUCAGUGACCAUUUUCUUCAUCCUCAUUAAGAUGGUGAACUAUCGCCUUCACCUGAUGUUUGACGAAGGUGAAAUUGUACCCCGAAACAGUGUGUCUGACAUCAGCAAAGGUGCCGAAAAAAAGAGUAAUGCCUCAGACACCUGCCGUCGAGCCAGCUUGAGGAAGAGCAGCACAGUACCUGAUUGUGUUGCCAUGACAGUAUUGACUAGAAACAUUCCAAGUCCAGUAAUCCAAGUCACAGUGAAACAGACUGAAACAGAACCUGGACUGAUUGGGGAGUGCUCAAAAAAGGAUUCAAAGGACACAGAGGGUCAAGAUGACACAUCCUUUCAGAAAUGUAAGGAAAGAACCGAAGCUGAGGAGAAACUGACCCCUGAAGAUGCAUUUAGUCCCAAUACUGACCAAUCAGCCCCACUCUUACAGUCAGAGCAAAGACAGCCAACCCAAGGGGACACAGCUGAUGAAGGUCUGCCACCUUCUACCAGCAGUGAAGAGGAGGGGAUCCAAGAAGAAGCUGAGAAAGAGACACCACCACUUCCAGACCUCAACAACACUGGCAGUCGGUCCUCAGAGGCUAAAGAGGAUGAAGAGGAAGAGAAGCCUGAGGAGACCUACUGCUCAGAUGAAAUCUCUGUGGUACUGGUUGACAAUUCUGGUUUAUCAACCCGCCUGGAUGAGAAUGAUACGGUGAAGAUCGUCAUCACAAUGAGCUGUGAUCCUCAGACAGCAGCUGAGCUCGAGGAGUCAGUCAGGCUCAGCCUCCUGGAGUCGGUUCAAUACCGCCUGGCUCAGCAAGACCAGAUGGGGGAUUCUCCUGUCAAAAUCCCAGUCAUUACCUUUGAUUCACCUCAAGAGGAGGAAGAAAGCUGUGUCAAAGAUAAUAAAGACAGGAGGACAAAUCCUAAUGAAUUAUCUCCUCAAAAACAGUCUGUGGCUCAUGAGAGUCAAGAUUCAAAUGAGCCAGUUGGGUCUAGUUCUGCCCAACAAGAAGCAUUGUCCAUUGAACAUGAGUUUGAGAACCCCAGUCCAAGCACUAAUAACAGCUCCUCGGGCAUUGAUGUGCGCUCCCAUCCAGAUGAGAGUGAGCACACUGAGCUGAAGUCAGACUCUGAUGGAUUCUUGCAAAUCCCUUCUGGCUUUGGGAGGUUUGGUGGAAGAGGAAGGAUGCAUGCAAGAGGACUUAGCAUUGACAGUGGAAGGGACGCUGUCCUGAUUGGCCACCGAGCCAAAUCCAAGCUGCAGACCAUGACCUCAUCUAAGUCGGACUUAGAGGACAAAGAGGGCCAAUUGCCCAACGAAUCCAACUUUGUGGAGUUUGUUUCAAUGCUGGAGUCUAUCAGCGGUACCAGAAGUGGGGGAGGGAAGCAAACAGAGGAUCAGCAGAAGGAGGAGCAGAAAACUAAAACAGAUGAGGACACUACAGUUGUGGCGAAGAGCUUAGAACGCACAGACGAGGCUGGACAGCAAGGUCCUCCAAACCCUCCGAACAGUCUGGUUACAGACACACUGCACAGCCUUCCAGAGAAGCAGAUUCCCAUCGUCUCUCCUGACAGUCCUCAGACAGAUAAGGAAAGAGAUCCGGACUACGACUCUCUGCCCUCUCAGACCUCUCAAUCAGAAAGCUCAAUGCUGCAGGUCAUCUGUAGACCAGAAGCAACAUCCAAAGAGGAGGCCUACACCUUCCACACAGUACACAGGGACAGACCUCGCAAGCUGUACAAUGAAAGAUCAUUAAAUUUGCCUCUUGGAGCUGAACUCAUCACAGGGAACAUAUGUGAUCUCCUUUCCACGUCCUCCAACUCGGAGUGCCAGGAUGGGUUAGUGGGUGGGCAUCCUGAUUGUCCGUUUCAGCGCCGUAUCAUUCCAGCUCACCGGCUUCGGCCAAGGAGAACACACCCCGAGAUCUUUCAGGAGGAGGAUUCUCUUGACGACUCCUCUGACACCACUACUGAGGAGAAGCCAUCCCGGAAGCUCUACUAUAAGCUGAAAGUGUUUCCUGGGAAAUGGAUCAACAUCCUGUACGAUCGGUUGACCUUAAUGGCGCUGCUGGACAGGAAUCGGGACUGGAAGGAGAACACGGCUGCCGUGUUUUUAGCCUUCCUGGUUGCUUUUCUGGGCUUUGUGCUCCUGAACCAAGGUUACUUUAAGGACUUCUGGGUUUUCCAGUUUUGUCUCGUCAUGGCCAGCUGUCAGUACUCCUUAUUAAAGAGUGUCCAGCCAGACGCAGCAUCACCUACACAUGGACAUAAUCAAAUCAUUGCCUACAGUCGAGCUGCAUAUUUCUGCAUAUUCUGUGGCCUUAUUUGGAUUCUGGAGCUGAAGCUGAAAAGAUCAGACCUGCCUGUGUUCACCUUAUACGGCAUUACGAUUGUAAUAUCGGACAUACUCCGAUUUGUACAAGAUGUUUUAAUUGGAUUUACAUACUGCUUUCCAAUAACCUUCCUCCUUGGCCUCUUCCCGCAAAUCAACACAUUUGUUAUUUACUUUCUCGAGCAAAUUGAUAUACACUUUUUUGGUGGAACAGCUGCAACUGGACUCCACUCAGCCAUCUACUGUAUAGGGAGGAGUCUGUUGGUGUUAACAUUACUGUAUGGAUUCUGUUUUGGUGCACUGAAGGAACCUUGGAAUGAGCAGCACAUCCCAGCCCUGUUCUCUGGGUUUUGUGCUCUGCUGGUAGCCCUGUCGUACCAUCUCAGUCGACAAAGCAGUGACCCUUCUGUACUGUUCUCUUUGUUUAAGUCCAAAUUCAUGCCAGCGUUCGGUGAAGGCGAGGUGGAGGAAGAGCCCUCUGAGAAUGAAGAUCCUCUUCCAAAGAAGCUCCAGAGCUCAGUGAGAGAGAUACUGAUCUCGGAUCUGAUUGUGUGCACCGUCGCUUCAGUUUUGACUUUUGCUGUCACUGCCAGUACGGUCUUCCUGUCUUUAAGGCCCUUUGUGACCAUAGUACUGUAUGCACUGGCAGCAACUGUGGGCUUCGUCACCCACUAUCUAAUCCCUCAGUUACGCAAACAUCAUCCCUGGUUGUGGAUCUCACAGCCAGUGCUUAAGAGUAAAGAGUUCCCCCAAUAUGAGCCCUCAGACGAUGCUCAGUUAAUGUGGUUCGAGCGGCUCUAUGUAGGACUCUUGAGCUUUGAGAAGUAUGUCGUGUACCCUGCCAUUGUGCUCAGUGCCCUUACUAAUGAUGGCUUCGCUCUCAGUCACCGGAAAAAGCUGGGUAUACACUGUGAUGUCUUAUUGAUGACAGUUGCGGGGAUGAAGCUUCUGCGCUCGUCCUUCUGCAAUCCCAGCUACCAGUUCCUCACGCUCAUCUUCACCAUCAUUUUCUUCGAGUUUGACUACAGCAGGGCUUCUGAGACCUUCCUGCUUAACUUCUUCCUCAUGUCCAUACUCUUCCACAAGCUCUGGGAUCUUCUGCACAAGCUGCACUUUGUUCUAGUCUACAUUGCUCCUUGGCAGAUAGCAUGGGGCAGCGCUUUUCACGCCUUCGCCCAGCCCUUCGCCGUGCCACAUUCUGCCAUGCUGCUGGUGCAGACAUUAAUCACCACCGUCUUUUACACUCCACUGAGCCCGUUUCUGGGCAGUGCCAUUUUCAUCACAUCCUACCCACGUCCCGUCAAGUUUUGGGAGAGGAACUACAAUACAAAACGUAUUGACAAUUCCAACAGCAGACUGAUGUCUCAGAUUGACAAGGAUACCGGCUGUGAUGAUAACAAUCUGAAUUCAAUCUUCUAUGAGUACCUGACACGUUCACUGCAGCACUCUCUUUGUGGGGAUCUGCUGCUGGGCCGCUGGGGGAACUACAGCACAGGCGAUUGCUUCAUUCUGGGCUCUGAUUACCUCAAUGCUCUCAUACACCUCAUCGAGGUUGGCAACGGACUCGUCACCUUCCAGCUGAGGGGUCUCGAGUUCAGGGGCACAUACUGUCAGCAGCGGGAGGUGGAGGCCAUUACUGAGGGCGUGGAAGAGGAUGAGGGCUGUUGCUGUUGCGAGCCGGGUCACCUGGCCCACGUUCUCUCAUGUAACGCUGCGUUUAAUCUGCGCUGGCUCGCCUGGGAGCUCACCACCACCAAGUACGUGCUUCAGAGCUACAGCAUCAGUGAGAACAACGCAGCCACCAUGCUGCAGCUUUACGACCUACGCAAACUGCUCAUCACCUACUACCUCAAGAGUAUCAUCUACUAUCUGGUGAUCAACCCGAAGCUACAGACGUGGCUUAAGGAGCAGUCGAUCCAUGAGGCCCUGCAGCCCUACAGUAAAUGGCACCAUAUAGAGAGAGACCCAGUGGUGUUCAGCGUUAAGAUUGACGAGGACUACGUCCACUGCCUGCAGGGCGUCACCAGGGCCAGCUACUGCAAUGUCUAUCUCGAGUGGAUCCAGUACUGCGCCGGCAAGAUGGAACAACCGGUGGACUGUGAUGAGGAUUCUCUUCUGGUCACGUUGUGUUUUGCUCUGUCGCUCCUGGGCAGGAGAUCUCUAGGCACGGCAUCGCAUAGCAUGUCCAACAGUUUGGAGUCCUUCUUGUAUGGCUUCAGCGCCUUGUUUAAAGGAGAUUUCCGUAUUGCAGCGAAGGACGAGUGGGUCUUUGCUGACAUGGAUCUACUCCAGAAGGUGGUUGCGCCGGCAGUUAGGAUGAGCCUCAAACUUCAUCAGGACCACUUCACGAGUCUGGAGGAGAGCGAGGAGCCGGCCGUGCUAUACGAGGCCAUCAGCACAUACAGGAGCUCGCUGGUGAUAUGUGAUGAGGGCGACCCGGCGUGGCGUAAGGCCGUGCUGUCCGGCAGAGAUACGCUACUGACGCUACGCCACACCCUGGACGAUGGCAACGACGAAUACAAGAUCAUCAUGCUGUACAAACGCUACCUCAACUUUAAAGUCAUCAAGAUCAAUAAGGAGUGUGUGCGUGGGCUGUGGGCAGGACAGCAGCAGGAACUGAUCUUCCUGCGUAACCGUAAUCCAGAGCGAGGAAGCAUCCAGAACUCAAAGCAGGCACUGCGGAACAUGAUCAACUCAUCAUGUGACCAGCCGCUAGGUUACCCCAUGUUCGUGUCUGCCCUCACCACCUCGUACGCAGGAACACACAAGCACACGGGCAGCAUGUGGGGCGGCACACUCAGCCUUGAGGGCAUCCGCACUUGGCUCUGCUCCCGGUGGCUCCGUGUAAGGAAGGACAAUCUGACGAGUUGUAACAGCGGAGUGAACAUGGAAGAUGUGGACUGCGCCGGCUCCUCCGUUAGUCAUACACACAACUCCGUCACUUCCCAAAGCGUCAGCACGCAGCAGGCGCAUCCACGCAGCUCACGCACACGACACCACAGUACAGGACGUCGUGAGUAUCGCAGUGGAUCUGUGCAGCCUCAGUGUCAGCGAGCCCCGGUCAGCAGUCGCUCUGGGCCGAUCCUGGAUUUCCAGCAGGGCUCUAACGGCGUUGUGCAGGGCCUCUCCAACAGUCAGCAGUCCUUCAACACCUCCUCUAUCGCCUCUGUCUUCUCCCAGGUGCCGCGUGUGUCUGCGGCGGGUGCCGUGCUCUCAGCUCAGCCACGCUGCAGUCAGGGCUCCUCCUCCAGCUCCACUCUCAGCCUGCUGUUCGGAAAGCGCAGUUUCUCCAGUGGUCUGGUCAUGUCGGGUCUCUCCGCUGCCGAGGGAGGAAACAGCAGUGACACACAGUCAUCCAGCUCUGUCAAUAUCAUCACCGCAGGACCAUCAGUACGCCACACACACUCACAGUUGACAUCAGAAGCGUACGAGAGUAUAGACGCCACGUCCACUGUGACUUCAGGGCCAAAAGACAACACGGCAUCAGGUGAGAAGAGCCAGGAAGGGUCAGGCUCGGGCUCAGCCUUCCACGAGAACUCGGAGCAGAAGAGCACCUGAGAGCUUCUCAGCGUGUCCACACAACUCACAAGACAUGACUUAUAAACAAAAUCAUUGCGAAGGUUCGAUAUUAAAAGGUACAUUAUAGAAUGGGGUAGUAAACAUUCCACUAAGACUCUAGAGUGUUGAGUUGGAUUAAGUGUAGCAGAUCUGAGCAGUAAAAGUGUUCCGUGUGGCUGGAAGUCUGGAUGUCCUGUGGGACUGUGAUCAGGUGAAGAUGACCUGUGUGACUGAGAUACAUCCGUUAUUUUAUUCAAGUGCUUUAUCCUGGUCAGGGUUGUGGGGGAUCCGGAGCCUAUACCAGGAUCUCACACACAUACACACACACACUUGCAGACUAAUUCACUACUGGCAUGUUUAUUGAGAGGUUGGAAGAACCUGCAGAUCCCAGAGGAAGCCCAUACAGACACAAGAAGAACGUGAAAACCUCCACACAGCCGCCAGCAACCUGAGAUCUGGAUCGAACCGGGGACCCUGGAGCUGUGAGGUGGCUAUACUACCUUGCCAACACCUUGGCAACACUAAUCCUUGCUCUGACACCCUGCACAGAAUAUCCAACUCAAAAACAAAAUAAAGCAUCAUUUCCUUAGCAGUCCAUCACAGGCCAUUAGACACGAACAUGAUCAUCAUCAUUGUGUCGAUGCUUUAUAUACGUGCAAUGGCUUCCAAAGCAUUGACACGAAAAUAAAUUCAUUCAUCUAUGCAGUUUAACAUUCAGCAUUUAGUCAGAACAAAUUAAGACACUUGAUAUCUUCAUUAAGACCUUUUCUCAUUUUUCAGAUUCGAAUACAAUGCUGGUGGAUUCUAAAUAUUUUCAGCAUUAAAAGCAGCCACAUCUGUUAUGCGACAGUCCAACAUAUUUGGCUCCUGCAGCAUGUGCUUUAUUUUUAUUUUUUUGUUAAUUAAGAUGGUAGCGUGAUUAAUUAAAGUGGUGCUUGAAAGUUUUUGAACCCUUAUCCCAGCUGUGAAGCAUGGUGGUGGUAGUAUCAUGGUUUGGGCCUGUUUUGCUGCAUCUGGGCCAGGAAGGCUUGCCAUCAUUGAUGGGACAAUGAAUUCUGAAUUAUAUCUGUGAAUUCUAAAGGAAAAUAUCAGGAUAUCUGUCCGUGAACUGAAUCUCAAGAUAAAGUGGGUCAUGCAGCAAGACAACGACCCUAAACACACAAGUCAUUCUACUAAAGAAUGAUUAAAGAAGAAUCAAGUUAAUGUUUUGGAAUGGCCAAGUCAAAGUCCUGACCUUAAUCCAAUAGAAAUGUUGUGGACGAACCUGAAGCAAGCAGUUCAUGUGAGGAAACCCACCAACAUCCCACAGUUGAAGCUGUUCUGUAUUGAGGACUGGGCUGAAGUUCCUCCAAGCCCAUGUGCAGGACUGGUCAACAGUUACCAGAAACACUUAGUUGCAGUUAUUGCUGCACAAGGGGCUCACACCAGAUACUGAAAGCAAAGGUUCACAUACUUAUGCCACUCACAGAUAUGUAAUAUUGGAUCAUUUUCCUCAAUAAAUAAAUGACCAAGUAUAAUAUUUUUGUCUCAUUUGUUUAACUGGUUUCUCUUUAUCUGGUGGGUCAUAUUCAUGCAGAUAUAUAGAAAAUUCUAAAGGGUUCACAAAGUUUCAAGCACAACUGUAAUCCCAAAAGUAUCGAUAGUACCUCAUCUACUAGAAAUAUCUCAUAAAAUGGGUCUGUACGUCAUUCGAACUGUUGGGCACAUACUGUCUAAAGAUUUAGACACAUAUGUUGAUAAAUGUCUCCACUGAAGGUGAUUCAGAAUUGCCUAUUAAUGACAGUAUUUCCCUGUGCGUACACAAGAUGUAUGCCAUGUUGUAUUUUUAAAAACAAAUGAUAUUGGUAUUGUUAAAUCCACAAUGAUAUGAAGCUCGUAAACAUGGGAAUCACUUUCUCAAACAUAGGAAUGCACUCAUUUUUAAUAAAAGAAAACUACAGACUGCUCUUUUUCUACGAACUCUCACUAUUCAUCAUUUCAUGCACACUAGCGGUCAUCUUGGACAAUAAACUUUUAACAACCAUGUUCUGCUUGUAUAUUGAAGCCUAGAACAAAUACAACCAACUAAGAUGAGUAAGAAUCAAUUUGAUAAAACCAACAAAAAA